UAUUUAAAUCCCACUCCCUUUUCCUCGCUUUUCACACCUCCCUCUCUCUCACUUCCACAAAUCUCAUUCUCUUCUCUCCCAAUUCUCCGACCAUGUCCAUCGAUAAGGAGCGAGAAACUCAAGUUUACAUGGCAAAGCUCGCCGAACAGGCCGAGCGCUACGAAGAAAUGGUUGAAUAUAUGAAAAAAAUUGCAAGGCUUGAUUGUGAGCUCACUGUGGAGGAGAGGAACCUCCUCUCUGUGGGUUACAAAAAUGUGAUUGGUGCCAGGAGAGCUUCUUGGCGUAUUAUGUCCUCGAUUGAACAGAAGGAAGAGGCUAAAGGAAACGAGAACAAUGUAAAACUGAUUAAGAGUUAUCGCCAGAAGGUAGAGGAGGAACUCUCUGGGAUUUGCAGUGAUAUUCUCUCCAUUAUAGACAAGCAUCUCAUCCCUUCUUCUGCCUCUGGGGAAGCCACUGUUUUCUACUACAAGAUGAAGGGUGACUACUAUCGCUAUCUAGCUGAGUUCAAGGCUGAUCAAGAAAGGAAGGAGGCAGCCGAGCAUUCGCUCAAGGCUUAUGAGGCUGCUUCUGCCGCUGCAAGCACAGACCUUCCUUCAACUCACCCAAUUCGUCUUGGCCUUGCACUUAAUUUCUCCGUUUUCUACUAUGAGAUCUUGAAUUCUCCUGAGAGGGCUUGCCAUUUGGCUAAACAAGCUUUUGACGAGGCAAUUGCGGAGUUGGACACCUUGAGUGAGGAAUCAUACAAGGACAGCACUCUGAUUAUGCAGUUGUUGAGAGAUAACCUUACUCUCUGGACUUCCGACUUGCCUGAAGAUGGAGGUGAGGAUAACUUAAAGAGUGAAGAAUCCAAGCCUACAGAGGAAAAAGCCAGUGCCGACAAAAACUGAGAGUGCUGCGCAUGGCAAGGACAGCCUUAGAGUACUUUGCAGAAGUGGCUUCUUUUUAUUAGCUUUUUCUUGCGAGGGGAUUCAAUUGGAUCAAAUGAAGUGCACUCCAUGAAGUUAUGCUGUUUUUGUAGUCUACCAAUCUCUGAUGAUAGAUUGAUAAUUUUCUCUUCCUUCCUUUUUUUUUUACCUUUGUUCUAUUUUUCACCCUUUUAAAAAAAAUUUCUACUUUAUUUUCCUGCCUUACUUUUAUUUUCUUCUAUGUAUAAACCUUUUAUCGAAAUGAUGAGUAUUUCUCAUUA